AUGGGAAAACCCGUGUAUGAGUGGUACAAGCUCUUCCAAGAUGGACGAGAAGAUGCCAAUGACGAACCCAGCUCUGGACGCCCCAGCACUACAACAGAUGGAAAUGUCAAAAUAGUGGACAAAAUUGAUUUGAGAAUCAUUGAAUCACUAUCAGAGAAGUUGCAGAAGAUGUUGGCAUAUUGGUUGGCUCGAGCCAUUAAUUUUUUCGAUAUUUUGGGCAUGAAAGUGAAUUUUGUUCCAAAAUUGCUCAAUUUCAACCAGAAGAACCAUCGCAUGACAAUCGCUCAUGAGCUAUUGGAUGAUGUCAAUGAUGACCCUGAUUUGUUCAAAAGGAUCAUAACAGAUGACAAAACAUGGGUAUACGGUUAUGAAGUCAAAACUAGGGCUCAAUCAUUUCACUGGAAGCACACUGAAUGA